GGCCAAGACCAAAGAGCUGUCAACAUUGUAGACCUGCACAAGGCUGGGAAGACUGAAUCUGCAAUUGGGUGCCUUCAUCGCCGAGCAGAGCCAUCUCGCCUCCACGCCAGGGACCGUAAACUGCUGCUGUCGCAGGACUUGGGGAACAGGACCCAGCCAGUCCUUGGAGACCUUCGCUGGGGACCUUCAUCUCUCGAGGGACACCACGUCAGCCGGGAAUCUGGACUUGACAUCCAUGAAGACCCAUUCCAACUGGAAUCAGACCUUCUCUAAAGACACUGACCAGGACCGCAUGGCUGUUACGUCAGCCUGAGCUCUUCCUCACACCCGCCUGUGACUUCCAUAUGAGAUUCCGCAGCACCGAGCAGAGCUGGCCCAGACUUUCGACUUCCCGCCGUUAUAAAAAGGAGCGGCUAUCUCGGCCUCGGAGCAGCUCUAGUGGUAGUGGUGUUGGUUUCUGCCCACAGCCAUGCAGGUGUCCUUCGCGUGCACAGACCAUGGGCUGAAGGCCCCGCGUAACGGCGAGCACAGCAAGCAGAACACCACCAGCCCAAACACCACCAGCCAGGCCCGGGCUCGCUUCCGCACCGUGGCCCUAAUAGCUCGAAGCCUCGGCUCCUUCACCCAUCGCUACCACCACAACCUCAAAGAGUCCACCGCCAAGCUCACAGGCAUGAAGUAUAGGAAUCUGGGGAAGUCUGGCUUGCGUGUCUCCUGUCUGGGCCUUGGCACAUGGGUGACGUUCGGAGGUCAGAUUCCUGAUGAGGUGGCCGAACAACUGAUGACUAUUGCGUACGAGAGCGGGGUCAAUCUGUUCGACACGGCCGAGGUCUACUCCGGCGGCAAAGCAGAGAUAAUCCUGGGGAACAUCAUCAGGAAAAAGUGCUGGAGGCGAUCCAGUCUGGUGAUCACUACAAAACUCUACUGGGGAGGAAAGGCAGAGACCGAGAGAGGCCUGAACAGAAAACACAUCAUUGAAGGUUUGAAGGGCUCCCUCCAGAGGAUGCAGCUGGAGUAUGUCGAUGUGGUUUUUGCCAACCGGCCAGAUAACAACACUCCCAUGGAAGAGAUAGUGAGAGCCAUGACACAUGUGAUUAACCAGGGCAUGUCAAUGUAUUGGGGGACGUCACGGUGGUCCGCCAUGGAGAUCAUGGAGGCCUACUCUGUGGCCAGGCAAUUCAAUCUCAUUCCACCAGUCUGUGAGCAGGCAGAGUAUCAUUUUUUCCAGAGAGACAAAGUGGAAACACAGCUGCCAGAGCUCUACCACAAGAUAGGUGUAGGUGUGGUCUCCUGGUCUCCUUUGGCCUGCGGCAUCAUCACUGGGAAAUAUGAGAACGGAGUCCCAGAAACCUCCAGGGCCUCCAUGAAGCCAUACCAGUGGUUAAAGGAGAAAAUAACGAGUGAGGAUGGAAGGAAACAGCACGCCAAGCUGAAGGAGUUGGCUCACAUAGCGGAGAAGCUUGGUUGUACGUUACCCCAACUCGCUAUCGCAUGGUGCCUGAGGAAUGAAGGUGUGAGCUCAGUACUGCUGGGAUCCUCCAAUCCAAGCCAGCUAACAGAGAAUCUCGGGGCCAUUCAGGUAAUUCCAAAGAUGACUGCAGGCAUCGCCUCAGAAGUGGAUCACAUACUGGGGAAUCGUCCGCACACCAAAAAAGACUACCACCAUUAGCACGGACCAACAGUGAGGGAAACUGUGCUCUGAAAGUGUAUCAAAGCUCCCACUCACAGCCAUCGCACUGCCGCCAGUGCCCCACUUUGCUCAUGUGACCUUGUGUGUGACUGUGUGAAAAGUCUUCUGCUCGGCUCCUCCUCAGCCACUUGUCAUUAUCAUUAAGUGAGAUGCUUGGCAAAGAAUGCAUGCUACACCCAUAGCGGCCAACAGACGCAACGGUGUGCCAACAGGAUCAUUUCUGGUGUGAGACGGUACUUUUUAUUUUGCAGCUGUGUGCAGAAUAUUUCAAAGUGGAGAAUUUUGCAUAAGGUGAGGAAACUCAAAAAACAUCAUUGCCAUGCAGUGGAUAACUUAAAAAUGCAUAAUUUUCUUUUGUUUUACAAACUAGAUUGUUUGCCACACUAGAUGUUCGUAAAGUGAGGGCAACAGAAUAUAACAGGGCGUGGUCUCAGCAGACUUGACCAUACAUUUCUUUCCGAGUGAUCAAUCUGUAUGAGCUGAAAUGAUCAAUGUUAUAAUAUAUUUUUGAAAAAGCCCGUGCUGUACUGAUUGUAAUGUGAUUCACUUGAUAAAGUACCCGGAAAUAG